AUGGUAUUGGAGAAGCGAGAUAGCGCUGACCCAAAGGACUACGAAGCAACACUGGAUCCCCAUCCUCGUCCGCCUAUCCACCCCUUUUCCAACUGCAACCCCGCUUUUCAUCCGCAGGAAAGCCUGUGUAUGCUAGAUGUAUGCACCAUGGCCCUCGAUUCACAAUACUUCGAAGUCGAAUUUCAAGUUGCAGCACCGAGGGGGCAAAUCUCGCUUGUUGUUGUAUUCAGCACCCUGCAGUGA